CCGAAAAGUCCCGCUACCAACCCAACCUUUUUUGAAGUCGGCAACGUAACCAAAGAAGACCCGGGGCAGAAACAGGCUCUUCCGGCCCUCCUGCGAUUCUGCUAGGGUUUUGCGAAAUCGCGCCGGAGCUCCGCCGGAGGCUAGAAUCCCGAGGAAGGAAGCGGCGGCGGAGAUGGACGGCGACGACGAGGGGGUGACGGGGCCGAUGGGCGAUGAGCCGAUGUUUUCCAACGGCGGCGGCGAUGGCCAGCAGCAGCGGGGGAGCAAGGCGGUGAUGGGUGGCGAGCAGAUGGACGUGGAGGCCUACGGAUCGCUGUACACCGGCCGGACCAAGGUGAUUCGGCUGCUCUUCAUCGCCGACCGCUGCGGCAACGAGGGCAUGCAGCUCGAGGCCCUCCGCCUCGCGUACGACGAGAUCAAGAAGGGCGAGGACUCCCAACUCUACCGCGACGUUGCCAGCAAGAUCGCCGGGCGCCUUGGUCCCCAAUACGACCUCGACCAGGCCUGGGCCGACGGCAUUGACCGCCGUGCCGAGCAGCGCAAGGACAAGCUCGAGAACGAGCUCAAUGGCUAUAAGACAAAUUUGAUCAAGGAGAGCAUCAGAAUGGGUUACAAUGAUCUUGGAGAUUUCUAUUAUGCUCAUGGUCAGCUUGGGGAUGCAUUUAAGAAUUAUGUUCGUACCCGUGAUUAUUGCACUACUUCCAAGCACAUUAUUCACAUGUGUUUGAAUGUGAUUCUGGUCAGUAUUGAGUUGGGCCAGUUUAUGCAUGUCUCAAAUUAUGUUAGUAAAGCUGAGCAAACACCAGACAUGCUGGACGCUGUCACAGUUGCAAAACUACGAUGUGCUGCAGGGUUGGCUUACUUGGAGGCAAAGAAGUAUAAACUUGCUGCUCGCAAGUUUUUGGAAACUGGACCUGAACUAGGGAACAACUAUACAGAGGUGAUAGCACCCCAAGAUGUUGCUACAUAUGGUGGACUUUGUGCACUUUCAUCUUUUGACCGAUCGGAGCUGAAGAGCAAAGUCAUUGACAACAUUAACUUUCGAAAUUUCUUAGAGUUGGUGCCUGAAGUAAGGGAGCUUAUACAUGACUUCUAUGCAAGUCACUAUGCUUCAUGUCUGGAGUAUCUAGAGAACCUUAAACCAAACCUUUUGCUGGAUAUCCAUUUACAUGAUCAUGUUGAAACACUCUAUACUCAAAUUCGCCACAAAGCUAUCAUCCAGUAUACACAUCCAUUCAUUUCUGUGGAUCUUCACACAAUGGCCAGUGCCUUUAAAACUGGUGUUGCUGGGUUGGAGAAAGAACUCGAAGCUUUGAUCACCGACAACCAGAUUCAAGCCCGGAUAGACUCGCACAACAAAAUUCUUUAUGCAAGGCAUGCUGACCAAAGAAAUACGACGUUCCAGCGUGUCCUACAAACUGGUGUUGAAUUUGAAAGAGAUGUUAGGGCAAUGUUGCUGAGAGCCAAUCUCAUCAAGCAUGAAUACAAUCAAAGGGCAGCAACAAGGAAAAUUUGAAAUGGAAGUCACAUCUCCUUGGGUUUUUGCUGAGGGUUUUCUGGUACUGGGGUCUCACCUCUUAUGGAUGGAAGAUGAUUUCCUCUUUUGCAUUUGAUUGUGAAAUCCAUGGUUAAAAUUUGUGCAGAUGUCAUGUAUUUGCAGGAUGGGGGCUUGAAGUUGAAAACUUUUCAUGGUGGUUAUAAAUUUGUGUACGUCCUUUUGAGGUUGGAUA